AUGAAGGGCAAUCGUCUUUUCAUCCCUGUGUCCAUGCGACUAGGUGUCCUGGAGAGAAUUCAUGAAGCCCACCAAAGUAUCGCCAAAUGCAGAGACAGAGCAAGAACCUCAGUAUGGUGGCCAGGUCUGAGCAGAAAACUGGAGGAAGUGGUAAAGAAAUUUCCAACCUGCAUAAAACGGCAUGUUAACAAAGCGGAGCCAGCGAUUCCUUCUGAACUCCCUGACCGGACCUGGCAGAAAGUUGCUGCUGACUCAUUUGAGCUGAAAGAUCAACAGUACCUACUUGUCAUAGACUACUUCUCUUGA